UGUGAAUGCACACAGACAGCAAACAACAGACAGGAAGUCGACUAGUAACAAAAUUGGUCCACUGGUUUAUGGGGGUCAAAACUUUCGCGGGAAUUCUACAUGGCGACCGAGAUGGACGCGGUGCAUUGCCCCGUAUGUUUAAAAGACUUCACGUCUGCCACAAUUAACGGACACCUCGACGCGUGUCUGCUGAAAAGCGGGACCGACAGCGAACCUCCGUUAAAGAAGUCUCGCAUCAGUUUAACGGCUGAACCUCCCGGUGUCAACAGCACCGUGACCUCCUCCAUGGCUGGUGCUCCGUCAUCUUCGGUGUUUUCUCUGUUUCAGACCAACCACAAGAGUAACGUUUCAGGUCCAAGUGAACGGAACGGUUCGAGUAAACAACCAGCUGUCACCGCAGUCAACAAGGGAGUUAAACGUAAUUUGUCGAGCGAGGCAGAACCGGGACCGGAAGGUGCAGAGGAUCUCAAGAGCCAAAGUUCUGGAUUAAACGGACAGACCCUGAAGGCAUCACCUGCUGUAUCGCCACUCACGCUGCUGACGGGAAACAAGCCUCUGGCGGAGCUGCUGAGACCAAACACACUGGAGGAAUACUUUGGGCAAAAUAAAGUUGUGGGUCCGCAAACACUCCUCCGGUCUCUUCUGGACUCCCAGGAAAUACCAUCUCUGAUCCUCUGGGGACCACCGGGGUGUGGCAAGACCACUCUGGCUCACAUACUCUCGAGCACCAGUAAAAAGAAAGGCACAGCUCGAUUCGUCACUCUGUCUGCCACCAGCGCGUCCACCAGUGACGUCAGAGAGGUGAUCAAGCAGGCGCACAACGAGCUCCGACUGUGCAAGAGGAAGACCAUCAUGUUCAUAGAUGAAAUUCACCGCUUCAACAAAUCCCAACAGGACACCUUUCUUCCUCAUGUGGAAUGCGGGACGGUGACUCUGAUCGGGGCGACCACGGAAAAUCCGUCCUUCCAGGUGAAUGCUGCCCUGCUGAGCAGGUGCCGGGUGCUGGUUCUGGAGAAGCUCUCUGUGGAGGCGAUGGGCCUGAUCCUGGACAGGGCCGUGGCCAGGCUGGGGAUCCGAGUCCUGGAACAAGAUCCAGCAAAUCCGAAGCAACAAGACCAAUCAGACGGACACGAGCCAAAGAUUUUCAUUGAACAAAAAGCUCUGGACACCAUCGCCUACCUUUGUGAUGGUGACGCGAGAGCAGGACUCAAUGGUCUGCAGCUGGCUGUUCAGGCUCGGGUGAGCUCGGCCCAGCCCGACCAAUCAGAACGAGGUGGUUCUGAGAAAAUACUGGUGAAGGAGGACCACGUGAAGGAAGGUCUGCAGAGGUCUCAUAUUCUCUAUGACAAAGCUGGUGAAGAGCAUUACAACUGUAUCUCUGCGUUGCAUAAGUCUCUGAGGGGCUCCAAUGAGAACGCGUCUCUGUACUGGCUGGGCCGCAUGCUGGAGGGCGGCGAGGAUCCUCUCUAUGUGGCUCGCAGACUGGUCCGCUUCGCCAGCGAGGACGUGGGAAUGGCGGACCCCGCCGCUCUUCCUCAGGCUGUGUCGGCCUUUCAAGCCUGUCACUUCAUCGGGAUGCCCGAAUGUGAGGUGAUUCUGGCUCAGUGUGCAGUCUAUCUGGCACGAGCACCUAAGUCUGUGGAUAUAUACAAGGCCUAUGCUAAUGUGAAAGCCUGUUUGAGGAACCACAAAGGCCCUCUGCCUUCUGUCCCCCUGCACCUUCGCAACGCCCCCACCAGGCUGAUGAAGCAGCUGGGCUACGCUAAAGGCUACAAAUACAACCCGGCCUUCAGCGACCCCGUCGAGCAGCAGUACUUACCUGAAGAGCUGCAGGGCAUCGACUUCUUCACCUGGACACCGUCAUGAGGAUCUGAUGCACUGACGGACACAACUUAUUAUAAACGGUUAAAAAAAACACAAGGCUGCUGAAUGAAAACAUUGUUUUCUUUUCAAGCUAAUCCGUAUUCAAAUGUAGGGUUAGGGUUAGGUCUUUUCAUUGACUGAUUAUUUGCAAAGGUAAAAUAAUUCUUCAUGUUGUAUUCAAAUUUCUCUUCAAUUAGACUUUUCUGUUUUUGAAUAUAUUAUAAAGGAUAUAGUUACUAUUUACAGUUAAUUUACUUCUAAAUGUGUUCCUAAUAAAGACCUUAAUCUGUUUUAAUGCAUAACAAUACAUAAAAUGCAGUAACUGUAUGCAGUCUUUGUAUUUCUAGAAUACAUAAUCAAAUAUUUACUAUGUUGAACGUAUAUGUUGGUUUGUCUUUAUCCUGUUCUUGCAUUGUUGUCAAACACUAAAAUAUAUUGUUAUGCAAUGAAUGCUAUAACAUUAAAUGACGUUAUACAGU